AUGAUCCAUGCCCAUCCAUCCUGUUUGUUUCACAGCAUUCUGACUUAUCUUGCAAGGCCCGACACCCCGUCAACAAUUGAACCAAUAUCCUCAAAGUGGUCCACCGACGAGAAAGAUGCGAAUAUUCGUGAAAGCCGGGAAGAAGACUUGCCUAUUGACCAAGUCCCAACCUUGGACCGAGAGAAAGAACCCGAUGAUGGAGAGUCGAGCAACAUUGAAAAGAAAGUGACGUUGUCGAAAUUUGAUCUGGAGAAUCGCGCCGCCCACAAAGGCGACGACUCUGAUGGACGGGUUGAGUGGAAUUGGCGCAGCAGAUGUGCUUGCUUUUUCCUCUGCACUCUCUACACUGUUGCUACGACGCUAGUCAUCGCGGUAGUAGUUCCGUAUACAGGCUACCUCCAAGACCUAUUCGGGAAACGAUACAUCUGCCUGUGCGGAGCAUUACUCCUCAGCAUUAGCUCUGUCCUUCUAGGGAGUGCCCAGAGUUUUGGGCAGGCGGUGACCCGCAUAGCCAUAUCCGGGGCUAGAGCAGCAAUUGGCGAGCUGACGGGAAUCGCUGGAAUAUACAAUGGAGUCAGUGGGAUUGGGCUUCUCAUCUUCUACCACCCACGCAACCACGCACGUGCCGCUGAGAUUUCCUACCGUGCCGUUUUGGAAAAGAUUGAUUAUGUUGGCAGCUUCCUUUCCGUCGUUGGGGUGACUCUCUUCUUGGUUGCGUUGCAAGCCAGCGGGUACACCCAUCCGUGGUCAAGUGCCUACGUCCUUUGCUACCUGCUGAUCGGCUUCUUCUCGAUUGGGGGCUGGGUUGCGUGGGAAUGGAAAUUUGCUCCGUACCCCAUGGUACCGCGAGAAAUCUUUCAAGGGCAACGGAUUGUGGCGAUUGCCUACGCGGCUGCAUUCAUGGCCGGAAUGAACUUUUAUUUCAUCCCUCUGGCUUGGAGCGCGGUCUAUCCCAACAAGCCCAUGUCCAUUGCCGAGAAAGGGCUUGCCCAACCGAUUGCCACCACUCUGGGCUCCAUUGGCUUUAAUGCCGCGCUUUCAAUGUUCAGGAAUUACAACCGACAAGUGCUCCUCGUUGCAGCCUGCCUCAUGACGGCCUUCACAGGUGCCCUAGCUGCAUCGACCCCAAACAACGCGGCAUUGACCGUGACCAUGGUCGCUCUUGGGUCACUCGAAGAAAAGUUGCCCGAGUACACGGCCGAGGAUGCUUUGGCAGCCGGCUUGCCACCGGCCGAUGCGACCCAAUUUGUCACGGUCUUGCUCACCGAUCCAACGACCGUCGCAACAGUCCCUGGCAUCACGCCCAAGAUUCUUGAGGUGGCCACAAUGGGUGUGCGAUGGGCCUACGCGGAUUCCCUCAAAUAUGUCUGGUAUACAAGCAUUCCGCUCGGAGUGUGCGCAGUCAUCGUACUACUUUUCAUGCCUAGCGACAACGUAGAUUCUGAUCCUACGUCUGCACAGGUCGAAGCUCGGGAAAGUAUUUAUUGUCUUGUGCAAUUGUUGAAUGUUGACAACGAGGUUCAGGAAGGAUUCGGGAGCAUUCAAGAAGGGGAGGGAAGGGAAGUAAGCCAAAUUUUUAAGCUGAGCCACAGAGACGGCCUAAGCUGGGGCCCCCAAGCGAUCGGCUAUACCUGCCCCUCAGCCGGGCACCCGUUUCAGACCAUCGUCCAGGAACUCGGCGGUUCCCCUACCCCUAUGCUGCCACCUAAACGACUUAACUAA